CCGCCCCAUGCUGCAUGUAUCUUAGUCUGCGGGAAACAAUCCCAGUUUUUCAUUGCUUUCUUGUACACGAAUUCAUUAUGCUCCAAAGAGUAUAUUUUCUGUUUUUAACAGGAAUUUUCUACAAUGUUAGAGGUCAAGACGUCAAAACGUGGAGAAUGGAUACAAAUUUUGUUAAUCCCCGGAACUGGGAAAGUGGCCGUCUGCCUUGCGAAAAUGAUAGAGUGAUCUUCCCAGCCACUCGUCCAGUUGCCAUCCUGAUGCCAGAAAAGAUUUUGGCUGCCGAAAUGGUACUUCCACGAAAUGGAGAAUUAAUAUUUCCGAAAAAUGCAGAUUUCACUCUGAUGAGCGGACAACAGUCUGGUUCAUGUUCCGGUCAAGAUAUGAACUUUAAGCCUACGGUGGAUUUCUGGUAUGAUCCGUUCAACUGGAACAUCACCUCUCAGGGUGCAUUUCCACGCAUUCCAUCACGAAAGAACAAAGCAGUGCCUCAUUCUUUUCAAGUACCAUGCAAAAUCGAUACUGUUCACUUUCCUCAAGGGUCUUCUUUUCGAACCUACCUAGACUUUGCAUAUACUACUACUAUUGCCAGUCUCCAGAUCAAUAAUAUUGAUUAUAAUCAAGAAGAUCUGGUAGCCCUCCAGAACAGCCAUAUAGGUAAACUGUUGUUUCCCGACAAUCCUAAAAUUGAAAUUAAACCCUUCGACUGCACAGAUGAGACAGGAUGCGCAUGUGGAAAUGAUUCCCCAUCCUUAUUACCAACAAUCUGCACUUUCGAAGUUCCUUGUCCUUCACUAGAGUGUUCCGACCCAAUCACACCUAUCGGUCAUUGCUGUCCUGUCUGUGCUGCUCAAAUUAUGUUCAAAUACAAGUCAAAUUUCAAAAUGGAACGACUUCUACAGCUUCAUCAAAGCUAUUUAGAGAAAGAAGAAUUCCAUACGGUAGAGAGUUUUACUGCCAAAACUUAUGAUGGUGAAAUCCAGACUGUUCUAAUCGACGUCACCGAAAAGAAAGGUUUGGCUAAUAAAGCAGCGCAAAGCAUAUAUGAUGCAGUGACGGCAGAUAUGCAAGGUUCUGGAUCUUAUAGAAUUCAGUCUGCGAAUCUGAAGAUAUCGCAGCAGUGGGAACCAGGAGUACCAACAUUUGACCAACGCGUUGGCAGCGGUUUAUCGUCAGGUGGAGUGGCAGCUGUUGUUAUCGUAAUUAUUGCUGGACUAGGAUUGGUUGCUACAUUUUAUGUGCAUAAAAGACGACAAAUUCCAGGGUUUUCUUUCGCAAGAUUUGAUCUCCAUUCUGACAAAAUCGAGCUGGAACUGGGAACGACUCCUCAUGAUGAUCUGCAACCUGGGGAGUCCACAACCGCAACUACGUCAGAGCCAAGCGGUAAAUCCUUCGAUAAUCCAGCCUAUGGAACGAAUGUGACCGCAGAGGUCGGAACUGUAGAAGAAACUCCUGAAGUGAAAGAUUUUGUAGAAAAUCCGAUGUUUAUGAUUUUCGACGAAUCGCCGAAUUCAGAAGAUAAAAAAUAAUGAAUUUUUGAAGAUUCAUUGCAGGUUUUUCCAGUCGCGAGCGGAAUUUGCGAAAUGUUGUAUAUUUUAGAUAUCUGAAUUAAAAAUUUUGUUACCAGUACAUUUUCAGUUAUGAGUUAAGAAAACUGAUAAGAACUCUGAAACUUCACUGAAGUGCAACAAUAUUAUUUCUAUAUACUCAGGAUUCCGCAGGCCCUUUCCCUGUAUUUAUUCAGAAAUAAAUUUAGUUCUGUAA